AUGGGUGGUGCAGCUCCAACAUCUUCGCCCAACGGCGUGACCGUCGGAGCUACAAAGCUCUUGUCAAAGGCCAACGUCCGUCCCAUCGUCUUCUGCUCUCUCGCAGUCGUCGGUGCUAUUCUCUACGGCUACGACGGUACCUACUUCACGGGUAUCCUCGAGAUGGAUCGCUUCAAACGCGACUUUGGUGUCGUCACCGCCGACGGCAAGUACGAGAUCCCAGCUAGCGACCAGUCGCUCUACGCUUCCAUCGUACAGGCUGGUGAGGUCGUCGGAUCCCUGAUCGCAGCGCCUCUCGGAGACUACUUUGGUCGCCGAGGCGGUUUCUUCGGUGCCUGCUCGCUUGUCGCCCUCGGUGUCGUCCUGCAACUUGUCACUGUCGGUUCCAAGGCCCUCCUCACGCUUGGUCGAGCCCUCUUGGGAAGCGGAGUUGGCGUCAUCAGCAACUGCACACCGCUUUACCUCUCCGAGAUCGCUCCGACAGCUAUCCGUGGUGCCAUCGUCUCAUCGUGGCAGCUCAUGCUCGCCAUCGGUCAGGUGAUCGGUGCGUGCAUUGCUCAAGGAACCAAGGACAUCGACUCAACGUGGUCCUACCGCAUCCCCAUCAUCUUCAACCUGUUCUUCGUCGCCAUCCUCGUCGGUGCUCAGUUCAUCAUUCCCGAAUCGCCUCGAUGGCUCAUCCAGAAGAACCGUGAUGAAAAGGCACUCGCCUCGCUCAAGCGUGUCAACAAGGGACAGCACGACGACGUGCGCGACAAGGUCAUCGCUCUCGAGUACAACGCUUUCCGACAGGCGCGCGCCGACGAGCUUGAACUCUCUGGUGAAGGUGGUUGGAAGUCGCUCAUGCACGGUGUCGAGCUGCGCAAAUUUGCCUGCGUGUUGGGCAUCUUGAUUGGACAGCAGAUCGGAGGUGUUCAAUUCAUCUUUUCGUACACGGUCACGUUCAUGACUGCCGUCGGUCUCAAGGAUGCCUUUAUCAUCACCAUCAUUGUCGACGUCAUCGAGGUGGUGGGCGUGUUGUGCUCGUUCCUUCUCGUCAACCGUUUCGGUCGCCGUCCUUUGCUCCUGUGGACCUCGGUGCCCAUGUUCAUCGCACUCUUUGUCGUUGCUGGUAUCGGCACCAAGGGCCUGCCUCCUCGUGGCGAGUCGCUGCCCUGGCCAGGUGUCAUCACCGUCACUCAAGGUCGCACCAUCGCCGCCAUGAUCUGCAUCUACGUCUUCUUCUUCAACCUGGCAUGGGGUCCUCUCGCGUGGGUCGUGGCCUCCGAGCUGGCCGUCGGCAAGAAUCGCAGCAAGAUCAUGUCGGUCGGCACCGCCUGUUUCUGGAUCAUCGCAUGGGCUGUCACCUUUACCCUGCCAUACCUCUUCUACAACGCAGGUCUUGGCGCUCAGAUCGGUUGGAUCUACGGCGUAGGCACACUCAUCGCUAUGACGUUCGUCUACUUUUACAUCCCCGAGACAUUCGGUCGCUCGCUCGAGGAGAUCAACGAGAUGCUCGAGGCUCGUGUACCUACACGCAAGUGGACCACCUACAUGACGCAGCAGGAACGUCUGCUUAUCGACCAGAGUCGUCAGAUGGACGACGACGACUCGCCCGUCGGUACCAAACCAAGCGACCUUUCGCCAACGGCAUCGAACGCCGAUGACAAGAAGGUGGGCGCUGGCACACAGACGCAAGACCGUAACCCGACAAAGCUGGGCACUUCUGACGUCGAGAGUGCAUAA